AUGUUAGCGAGACAAGCUUUGCAACGAGUUCGAGGACUUCAUCGAACAGCUCGACAGGCUACAUGGAUACUGCAACGAGUUUGGGUGCCUGACCCGACGCCGGAAGGAGCUGUGCAAAGAGAUCCACGAGAGCUACCAAACACACAACGAUUAGAGGUUGUCGAACAGGAGCCAACAACGCCGACGGGAAACAUAGAAUUAAUAUUGAUGGAGGAUGUUGAAGGCGUCGGCCAUCAAUUCGAUGUUGUGAUGGUUGAAACUGAUUAUGCUCGUACCGAGCUAUUACCGACCCGAAAAGCCGUCUAUGCUUCCCCCUUUGAUCUCAAGUAUUAUGGCGAUAUGAAAGAAAAAAUGAAAGAUGAAUUGGCCAGUCGUGUGCGAAUACCAUAUGAAUAUUUAGUGGUUGGAAGGCAGCUACAAAAAAUGGUUGUCCCGAUCAAGAUUAGCAUGGACAACAAAUGGGAACUAAAUUCGACAGUAAUCAAAGCGUCUCUACGUCAAAUUGGUGUGGACAUAUUAGAUGAUGCUAUCUAUGUGCCAAGUGAUCCACCAAUUACAGGACCAAACUUUGAACUGGAAGCUCACUUAAUCAGAUUUUACAUCGUGGUUUGUAAACAAUUUGUUGUGCCGAUGAUUGGAAUCAUCGAGCAUGUAUCGUCUGAUGCGUCGAAAAAGAUUAUUACGCUUGAGACUUCCAAAUUUCCGUCCACCUCAGAGCUCGAAAAAUAUGGAUUGCGGCCUGAGGAAUGCUACUAUCACAAAAAAGCCGAAAUCGAGAAAGAUUUUGAUGUUUUUGGUUUGAUGAAACUUCGAAAA